ACAUCCUAGCCAAUCAUUUUGUGAGAAAUAGUUAUUAAAAACGAUUGCCACAUCUUCCUAAUCAGUGCUGACGUCGGGUAUUUCGGUGUUGUUCGGGCUAGCAGUCGCGGGAAAAGGAACAUCUUGAAACGCAAAGGAUGAAUCGCGCCUUCCUGUGUCUUCUCUUCGUAGUGGUGUGGUUUCCGCCACAGACGGACGGUAAUGACUCGGACGACUUGAAGCAGUCGGGUGGGGGCGCGGCAGAACAGGGCGGAGACGGAGCCGCGGAAAAGGCCGAACACAAUGCGAAAAUGAUAGAAAUUCUGAAAGACGUGAAGAGUAUGCUAAUCGUCUGCUCUAAAAUGAACAGCAUGAAUGAAAAUGGCAAAUUGGAGGGCAAAGGAAGCGACAAUGAGGGUGAAGUGGCUAAUGAUUUACCAUUUUUUGCUGGAAAAAAGCGCAGGGAAGACUACGAUUUUGAAACUAAUGAACACCCGCACACGCACACGGAAAUUAAUCUAUUACUUUCCAAGAACGGACGCCUAGAUAACAACUUAGUAAACGAAUUGUUGAAGCAGUUUAGAAAGGAAAGCGAAGCGCACUCGGCGGAUGAGGAGACGCCUGGUGUAGUCGUCCCAACAUCCAUUAAUUCAAACUCCGAUGGACAGUCUAAAACUGACGUCGUUGAAAAAUAUUCUAACCAGUCUGACCCCGAAAAGCAUUCCGAUAAAGAUUCUGACCACGACAAAGAUGGAAAAGAAGGAAAACGAGACUACACCACGCCGGGUUCACCCACUGAAUCGCCCGCUGUCAAGGUGAACGAUAAAAUGAUGGAUCUGCUCCACGACAUGAUGGCGUUUUUCAAGGGCCGCAUUAGGCGCAGUGUGAAGGUCAAGGACGACGAGGCGAUGGAACAGCUCCAGAAGUUGCUCACGUUGCUGACCGACACCUCUCGCCUGCUGCUGGACGCGUGUGACAGUCUCAAAGUGAUGGUCUACUUGAUGGUCAUGAAACCAUGACCACUUGCCCUGUGAACCACCUUGGCCCCGUGAGCCACCUUCACCUCUGAACGUUUUGACUGGCUGAAGUGAGCUGGCCGAUUAUGAAGUACAUCAGCGACAGAAGCCGAUUUUUUACCGAACUCCGAUCAUCGAUUCAUCACUUCAUCUACAUCAUGUUUUUACUGCGAUCGAUUAUUUAAUUUAUUCCACUGCCUCAUUACUCAAUGCUGCAUUAAAUCAUCUUCAUAAGCCUAA